AAGCUGUUGCUGUUGUUUAUGGGAUUUAUCUGCUCCACAGCAGAAGCAUAUCUGUCGCGAAGAAGGGUUCAUUUAUAACCGGAGAUGUUUUUGGAUCUUAUUCAAACUUCCUUUUGGAUUCACAAGUGCACAGGCAGAAGAAAAGUGCAAAGGAUUCAAUGCUUCACCGGCCAACAUAUACGAUAUACAGCACAUUAACCAACUUUAAAGUUAUGGACGUGGAAAAAAUCCGACAUCUGAUUCAGUUUACGACGCGUUUCUGGGAAUGAAGUACGAUCCAAGUAACAAUGUGUUGACAAAUUACGGAGGGUUGAUCACAGAUUUGCCGGAUUCGGUGUGGACGCAGAGGUUUAGAGCUUCUAAAAUCAACACCGAAGUAGGGAUAAUUAUUGCGAAUCCUUCUGAGGACACUGAUAAUGGCAUUGUGACGGGUACCACCAAGGUCUAUGGUAGAGGUGUUAUAUGCGAAACUGAACAACUCAGUUGCUCGCCCCCACAUAUAAACAUGGAAACCCAAACGCGUUCCUGUUCCGAAGACUCGCUUACUUGCAUUAUAUCUUGCAAACCUGGUUUUGUUCUUGACGACGGAAGCACCAGCAUUACAUUGACGUGUCAAGAUAAUCUUGAAUGGGAUGGAGAAGUGUCAACAUGUCGACUGGCAAUUCUACCGAUUGCUGAAUGAGUACUGCAGACUAUCUAAGACGGAUCUCGACACAACAUAUUAAUCUUCGACAAAACUUACCUGAUUUUAAGCCUAUUAUCCGUGCUUACAUAAUAUAAGGACGAAAACUUGAAGUUCAUUGGAAACUUUUAUAAGCUGAUUUAAAUACAUGUUUGAAUAUCAUUCGUCUUAAAUUUGCAUGUUAACUUUUUUUACUGGAUGGAAAAAAAACUUGAAUAUGACUUUGGUAGUCGUGUCAUUGUGUUGGAAUACCAUAAAUGAUUUUUAUUGUUUUACCUCCCGCAUAGUUCCAGGCCACUCCUGUCGUGAUAAAAUCAAACCAUGUCCUUCUUAUUACCCUAUCCCGCCACGACAGUUCAAUAGAGAAUCUACCAUCGCUAUUGGCAGCAUAUCUACACUCGUUAAAAUUGUUUUUUUCAAAAAAUGCACUCGCGAAUAUAUCAUGGGACAAUAUGAAAUUUGCUACCCAGCGUAAAAAGCGUCCCAAUAUGGCCAGUCGACAAACAACUGCUACUUCAUUUUCUAGUUACCACAUUCCCAAUAAAGCCCAAUAUUAAAAACUGUUUGUGCAUGCCAUUUUUCUCGCUUAAUUGAUUUUAAUUGUCUAAGGUCUUUAUCCUAUAGGUAUAUUAAUGAAUUACUUUAAUACAUUUUGUCUUUAAUUGGCAUUUUCCUUCACUAUCGAAAACCGUUCAAUUUGUUCAUUUACUAUGACUGUAUAUAUCAGUUUGCUUACAACUAUCAAUAACAAUAAUAAUUAAUGUAUA